AAUUUCAACCAUCAAAACUAAAAACCACCCAAGCCUUCUUUGUUGUCGUUUCUUUUUCCAAUUUUUGGUUGUUGUUGUUGUUGUAUGAUCUUCGAUUUCUGAAGGAUAUGAGCAUGGUCAUUGAUACCAGGAAGGAUAUGGAUCGGAUCAAGGGCCCCUGGAGCCCCGAAGAGGACGACGCCUUGCAGAAGCUGGUGGAGAAGCACGGACCUAGGAAUUGGUCCCUGAUCAGCAAGUCCAUUCCGGGUCGGUCGGGCAAAUCUUGUCGUCUCCGAUGGUGUAAUCAGCUCUCUCCGCAGGUGGAGCACCGGCCUUUCUCGCCGGAAGAGGAUGAGACUAUUAUUCGGGCUCAUGCCCGAUUCGGCAACAAAUGGGCCACCAUAGCCCGGCUUCUAUCGGGUCGAACCGAUAACGCCAUCAAGAACCACUGGAACUCCACCUUGAAGCGCAAGUGUGCGUCCAUGAUGAUGGAUGAAGCCGGCCCUGGUGCCGGCGGAUAUGAUGGCAGUUUCAGCUCCCAGCCGCUGAAGAGGUCGGUGAGCGCUGGAGCUGCCAUCCCGGUAUCGACGGGGUUUUACGUUAACCAGCAGACGCCUAGUAGCCCGUCCGGAUCAGACGUUAGCGAUUCCAGUGUGCCGGUAGCUUCUUCUUCCCAUGUUUACAGGCCUGUGGCGAGAACCGGCGGUGUUCUACCUCCCGUAGAAACGACGUCUUCAUCGAACGAACCUGCUACUUCAUUAUCCCUAUCACCUCCCGGGGUGGACUCUUCAGAAGUCUCGAAUCGUGCUUCGGAGUUAACACAUGCCGCCCCGUUAACGAAUACUAUGCGUCUGUUACCAGCAAUGCUUUCGGCCCCGGCAUCCUCUGCAGCUCCACCGCUGCCUCCAGCAGGCGCAGCGAUGUCUUUGCAGCAUCAGGUUCAUUUAGGUCUAUGCAAUUGGAGGAGCGGUGACGCUGGCUCAUCGACGGCGAAUCCUAAUGGAGGCGCGCCAUUCAAUUUCAGUGCAGAGUUGCUGGCUGUGAUGCAGGAGAUGAUAAAGACGGAGGUGAGGAGUUAUAUGGCGGGGUUAGAGAAGAGGCAGCUCAUGGAUUUGCGAACGCUUCAGUGACGCGAGCGUUUGGGGAUCAGCCAGUUCGAUUCGUAAAUAUGAGAGUAGACAAGAGAAUGGAGUACGGAACGAUAAAAAGUUUUAUCCUUUUCCUGUUUUAAGUUCGUAGGCAAAUAAUUUUGCUUGAUGUACAGAGACAAAACUCGUGCUCGCAAGAGAAAUCAGAGAGUGGCCUUUGAUGCCCGAGGAGUGAGAAAACGGAGGUUGGGAGGGGGGGGGGGAGUUGAAAAUGAGAAAAUUUCAUGGGCGAAAUGUAAAAUUUCAUCCAUGUUGAAGGACUCUUGUUCUGUUCUUCAGGCUUAAGGGAAAAAAGAAGUAGGAUGAAACUGAAAACUAUCUUCAGAAUCUUGAUAAAAAGUUAAAUGUGUUUUUCGUAUUA